AUGCGUCUCCUCAUCCUCUUUCUGACGCUGCUUUCGGUUGCAGCAGGCUUCACUUUGCAAAAGACCGAUGGCACCGUGAUCGAGGUCGGCGAUGAGCCUAUGGUCAUCGACGGCAGCGACGUGAUCAUGCCUCAGGAUAUCUUCGCUAGCGCGUCCCGCGUCAAGCUCGACGGCAUCUCCGAGGCUACCGACGUCAGCACUGCAGACAUUAACCCUUUUCCGGCUGCUGUACACCUCUACGAAGGACCUUACAAGCAAGGCAGGCGAGCUAAAGCCUACCUAUGCGCUACAGGAAUGAAUGGUUGCCUCGCAGACGGCGCGUCCAUGCAGUGCUUCUUGGAUAAGGAUGCUCACGUCGCUGGAGUUGAUGCUCGUUCUGAGCGCCACUCCGACAUCGAAACCUUCUCCGACAUCAGCUCCGCAGACAUCGGCACCGCAGACACCAGCGCCGCGGAUGUGCACAUGAACAAGAUCAAGUCUGUCGACUGCUACUUCGACACGCUGCACGGUGGUUAG